AUGUUUCCCGGGGAAGAUAUUGGUCGGUCUAUGGAACGCGCAAUGUUUGCUUUCGGGAACCAGAUUCUCGCCGGUAUUCGUGCAAUAAAAGAGCAAGAGCAAGCCGAACAGCAGGCCCAAGAGCAGGUCCCGAGUCCCAUCCGUCGAGGGACAUCCGUCCGUCGAGAGCAUGUCCUAGCUCAUCAACGUCUGUUCGAGGACUACUUCGCCGAACAUCCCCUGGGGCGCGCCAGUUUUUCGCAGACGGUUCAGGAUGCGGCGAGAGCUGUUUCUCCAGAUUGUUUCUCCAGACUGUACACGAGUACUUCUAGCAACGGGAAGAUGCGGCCCGCAGAAAGGUUGGCAUACGGCACUACGGCGGACAUGUUCGACGAGUAUCUUCACGUCGGGGAUACAACUGGCUGGGAGUGUCUGGUAAAAUUUUGUGCGGGCAUUAUUGACGCCUUCGGCGCCACAUAUUUGCGCAAGCCGAAUGCCCAAGACUGCCAGAACCUGCUGCAGAUGCACGAAACAGUGCACGGCUUUCUUGGAAUGUUAGGGAGUAUUGAUUGUAUGCACUGGGAGUGGAAGGAUUGUCCUGCAGCGUGGAGAGGCCAAUUCACCAGUGGGUAUAAGGGUACCCAACCGACGAUGAUCCUUGAAGCAAUCGUUGACCAUAGUCUUUGGAUUUGGCAUGCUCACUUUGGCGUGACGGGGUCCAACAACGACAUCAAUGUGCUGAACUCCUCCGGUCUCUUCAUCGAGCAAUGCAAUGGCAACGGUCCGGUUAUCAGCUUCACUGCCAACGGACGACGGCAUCAUGUGGGGUGCGAGGAGAGAGUUUUUUGCGGCAAAGCAGGAGUCUGCACUGGAAAGACGUGGAGCGAGGAUUCGGUGUGCUUCAAGCGCGUUGGGGAAUAG